AUGAAGAAGCGGUCGCGCGAGUCACCGCCUCCGUUUGCUGUGGACGACGCGUACCUAGAGGAUGUGGAGAUGGACCCGGAGCUUGAGCGAAAGCGGCCAAAGAAGUUUGGCGAGCGGACAGGCUCGUCUGCCUCGACUGCAUCCUCGCUUACCCAGGGCUCGUUUACGGUGCCCAUGGAGGUGCCCGGUGCCUCGUUGUCGGCCGCUGGCGACGGCGUCGACUUUACCUCCCAGGACACCAUUCUCAAGUACAAGCGCAAGUGGCGCCGCGCUCCUACCGAGCAGCCGGACCCUUCCAAUGACACCUUUGUGUUCCAGCAAAUGGAGUGUGACUCGUACAUGGGAAAGCCUGUGGCAGGCAUGCCUGGAGCGCCCGAGGGGCCGGUGCCUGUGAUGCGGUUGUACGGACUGACCGAGUCCGGAGCGUCUGUGGUGGCCCAUGUCCACGGCUUUCAUCCGUAUCUGUUCAUUCCGGCGCCGCCUGGCUUCUCACCCGACGAUUGCGCCACGUUCCGUGUGGCGCUCAACUCCAAGGUCCAGUCGCAGAUUCGCGGGCAGUCGCAGAUUGCGCCUGUGUACGUGCUCGAGGUGGAGAUUGUGCAGCGCGAGUCGAUCUACGGGUACCACGGCGGGCGCAAGGCACCUUUUCUCCUCAUCCGGGUCGCACACCACUCGCACAUCGGCAUUGCGCGGCGCGUGCUGGAGAACGGGUUCGACUACGGGGUGGGGGGUGAGCGGGCAUACUCGACGUACGAGUCGAACAUCUCGUACGAGCUGCGGUUCAUGAUCGACACGUCGAUUGUGGGAUGCAACUGGAUUGAGCUGCCUGCAGGCAUGUACAGCGUGCGCGAGGCGUCGGAGAAGACUUCGCUGUGCCAGAUCGAGGUCGACGUGGCGUGGGACCUGCUGACAAGCCAUGCGCCCGAGGACGACUGGCUCAAGGUGGCGCCGUUCCGGGUCCUCUCGUUUGACAUUGAGUGCAUGGGGCGGAAGGGCGUGUUCCCGGAACCGGAGCACGACGCUGUAAUCCAGAUUGCGUCUGUCAUUUCUGUCAACGGGCGCGAGAAGCCGCUCAUCCGCAACGUGAUGACGCUCGACACGUGCGCGCCGAUUGCCGGGGCGCAGGUGAUGUCGUUCCGGACGGAGCGCGAGCUGCUCGAGGCGUGGCGUGAGUUUGUGGUCGAGACGGACCCGGACAUUCUCACCGGGUACAACAUUGUCAACUUUGACCUCCCGUAUUUGCUGGAGCGCGCGGCAGCGCUGGGGCUGGAAUCGUUCCCGUGGCUGGGCCGGGUGCGUGGUGAGCGGACGACGAUGAAGACGACAACGUUUUCGUCCAAGGCGUAUGGGACGCGCGAGAACAAGGACAUCCGGAUCCACGGGCGGGUCCAGUUUGACAUGCUUGUGUGCAUCCGGCGCGACUACAACUUGCGGUCUUACUCGCUCAACGCAGUCUCGUCGCACUUUCUGGGCGAGCAGAAGGAGGACGUGCACUACUCGGCGAUUUCGGAGCUGCAGCGCGGGUCUGCCGAGAACCGGCACCGGCUGGCGGUGUACUGCCUCAAGGACGCGAUUCUGCCGUACCGGCUCCUGCUCAAACUCCUCUCGUUGGUCAACUACAUCGAGAUGGCGCGUGUGACGGGCGUGCCGCUCUCGUGGCUCCUCACGCGCGGUCAGCAGAUCAAGGUUGUCUCGCAGCUCUACCGCAAGGCGCUCACCAUGGACUACCUCAUUCCGGCGAUGCGGGUGGACCCGUCUGCGGAGAUGUACGAGGGCGCGACAGUGCUCGACCCGAUCCGCGGCUUUUACAACGAGCCCAUCACGACGCUCGACUUUUCGUCACUGUACCCGUCAAUUAUGAUGGCCCACAACCUGUGCUACUCGACGCUGCUCUCCAAGUCGAACGCAGCCAAGCUCUCGCCGGACGAGUACAUCAAGACGCCGACCGACGCGCUGUUUGUCAAGGCUUCGGUCCGCAAGGGCGUGCUCCCGAUCAUUCUCCGCGAGCUGCUCGACGCGCGUAAGCGGGCCAAGAAGGCGAUGAAGGCUGAGACCGACCCGUUCCGCAAGGGCGUGCUCAACGGGCGCCAGCUGGCGCUCAAGGUCUCGGCCAACUCGGUCUACGGCUUUACCGGCGCCACGGUGGGCAAGCUGCCGUGCCUCGAGAUCUCCAGCUCGGUGACGGCCUUUGGCCGGCGGAUGAUCGACGAGACGAAGAGCCUGGUGGAGGCCAAGUACAACAAGGCCAACGGAUAUGCCAGUGACGCGGUGGUGGUGUACGGUGAUACCGACUCGGUCAUGGUCAAGUUUGGCCUGCCCGGCAUUGCCGAGUCGAUCGAGCUUGGCGAGGAGGCUGCGGCGUACGUGACCGAGCACUUUGUGAGCCCGAUCGCGCUCGAGUUUGAGUACGUGGGCGACCCGUUUUUGCUCCUUGCGAAGAAGCGGUACGCAGCGGUGAAGCACACGUCGGCGGACGGCGAGGGCAAGAUGUACGCGCGUGGUAUCGAGACGGUCCGGCGUGACUCGGCGCGGAUUGUGGGUGACGUCGUCGGCGUUGUCCUCAAGCGCAUCCUCCUCGAACGAAACGUCGAUGGGGCAGUCAAGUACGUGCAGGACAAGAUCGGGCGGCUGCUGCGGAACGAGAUCGACAUCUCGCAGCUUGUCAUUUCCAAGUCGCUCUCCAAGUCGGAAGAUGAGUACGACAACAAGAUGCCGCACGUCGAGCUGGUGAAGCGCAUGCGCAAGCGCGACGCCGGCUCGGCGCCGGUCAUGGGCGACCGUGUCCCGUACGUCAUCGUCAAGGGCGCGACAAACGCCAAGACGUACGAAAAGGCCGAGGACCCGCUGUACGUGCUUGAGCAUUCGAUCCCCAUCGACACCGAGUACUACAUCGAGAACCAGCUCAAGAAGCCGCUGCUCCGCGUCAUGGGGCCCAUCCUCCCCUCGACCGACAUCCUCUUCCACGGUGAGCACACCCGGACCAUCAAGGUCUCGGCGCCGUCAACCGGUGGCCUCAUGGCCUUUACCGUCCGCUCGGAGCGUUGCAUCGAGUGCAAGGCAGCGCUUCCGGCGUCGACCACCCGUCCGGUCUGCGCCCACUGCGCCGCCAACACCGCCGCCAUCUACGGCGCUCAGCUCGCCCGCAUGCGUGAGCUCGAGCUCCACUUUUCGCGCCUCUGGUCGCAGUGCCAGUCGUGCAUGGGCUCGCUCCACGAUGAGGUCAUCUGCUCCAACUCGGACUGUGCGCAGUACUACAUGCGCGCCAAGGCCAAGAAGGAUCUUGCCGCCGCCGCCAAGAUGAACGAGGCAGAGUUUGCAGACAUCGUCAACACGAUCAACAUGUACUUUGCUCAGGCUGAAGAGCUGUCGCUGGCCCUCGUUGCUGAGGGCUGCUGCUCCUUCCUCACCCUCUUCACCCUCAACUGUUGUAUGCCCACAAGGUAUGAACGCCGCAUGAACGAGCUUCAGGAGUACCUCGACGACAUCAACGGCAACCAGUUCCGCUCCAGAGGCAUCUUCUGGUCGCAUCCGCGCUCCGCCGCCUACCGCCACGUUGUCGUCACUGUCGACUCGCUGCGGGACGCCCCGUCGUCGACACGCACCUCGCGCCGCAGAGCCGGAGACGACGAAGGCCUCUCGUCGGACGAGACCCGCGCUUGA